GUGGGUUCAGCAAAGUAAAAAAAAUAAAAAUAGAAAUGUACUGGCAAGGUAAUGAAAUAUCCUAGGGAAUCCAAGGGCCAGAACUUCAUUCCUGAUCCCUUGAAGAACCAGCUGCAAGAACUGAAAAGCUGCCAACAAGCCAGGCAUCAGCUUUUCCUCCCUUCUCCUCCGCGUCACCCAGCUUCUCUCUAUAUCUUUGCUUGAUUUUCUCUUCUCCUUCCCUUUCUGUUUCUCCCCAGGCAAUUCAUAGUCACAUUCUCUGCUCCAAGUCCACAGAAUCUCAUUCCAAGCCAAGUGGAAGAGCUGAGUCCCAAUUAUAAAUUCCUAGGAGAAGUAAUCUGGUUGGCCCAGGCUGGUUUGGAUGUCCACCUCUGGUCUAGUCAACUGGGAUUGGGUCUCAGAAGACAGAGGCUGGCUUACUAGGUCUCUAGAAGAAACUGUCAGUGCUGGUGAAGAAGAAAAUGUGGGCCAUCAGCAGGCUGGGAAUGUGAAGCAGCAGGAAAAAUCACAGCCCUCAGAGAGUCGCUGGCUGAAGUAUCUAGAAAAGGAUUCCCAAGAACUGGAGCUGGAAGGAGGAGGAGUGUGCUUCAGCAAACAGCCUUCAUCCAAAAUUGAGGAGCCAGGCCCCCACUUCAGUCAAGACCUACCUAGAAAAAGGAAGUGGAGCCAGAGCACCAUCCAGCCUCCAUGCAGCCUUGGCAUCCAGGACUCCGAGGGCUCUGAGGUCGCCUGGGAACCCCAGAAGGGACAGGUUGGCCCGACAUGGAACGUGAAACAAGGCAGCAGCCCCUGCCUCCGGGAGAACAAUGCAGAGUGCAGCAUCAGGGAGCGGAGGGGUCCUGGGCAGGUUAUAGCUACAACCUCUAAAUGGGCACGAUUUGUCCUGUCACCUAGAAACAGUUCACAGGUGGACAGAGAGCAGCCAAGGCCUCUGCAGAGGAACCCCAGGCCAGCUGGGCCAGCACAGGCUAAGCAAGGGACCCCCAGGGCACAGACUUCAAGGGAAGGCCUCAGCAGGCCCACAGCUGCUGCCCAGCUUCCUCAAGCCACUCACAGCCUCACAUCUGGGCCUGAGAGGCCCUGCAGGAAGACCUCGUGGGGCACAAGGACUUGUCAGGCAGAGGGCGGGCCCUGGGUCCAGGAGGCACACAAUUCCCAAGCCACGCAACUCCGUGACCUCUUUACAACCGGGGAAGACUUUGAUGAUGAUCUGUGAUCUGAGACUGGCAAGUUAUUAAUCGAGAUACACUUGUUAGGAGGGACAGGGUUCCCCUAAGGCGCUUUUAAACAUACUGUGUAAGAACCACCAACAAUAAAGCUACUGUCAA